AUGAAAAUCAACUAUAUUGCCAACUACAUAACACAAACAGGAAACUGUGAAAGUCAAAAAAGUUACGUGAGGCAUGUGCAUCGGAUGUUUGAUUUAAAGCAAACGGCCACUUACUAUGGCACCGCCUCCUCGGCCAGCACAGCCUCGUUCAUCCACCACACCCCCUCCAUCACCCCCAUACUCGGUCUUGCUGGGAACAGGUAUAUAAGGAACCGGACGCAUUGCCGGAGUCACAUCGCCCUGUUCCGUCUCACCAAUCCUGCAGAGAUGAAGUACUUGGUGUUUGUGCUCCUGGUGGCUGCCGCUUGCGCUUCUGAGGUGGAGAAGCGAGAGGCGGAGCCAAGUCGUGCCUUGAGCUAUGGCCACGGUGUUCACCACCACGCCUACUACCACCGUUUCCACAAGAGGUCCGCCGAUCCUGAGGCCGAAGCCGAGCCCUCCUACGGCUCCUCCAACUACUACCGCCCACACCACUACAUUCCCUCCGUCCACCACCACCACAAGAGGUCUGCUGAGCCUGAGGCCGAAGCAGAGCCCUCUUACGGCUCCUCCAACUACUACCGCCCACACCACUACAUUCCCUCCGUCCACCACCACUACAAGAGGUCUGCUGAGCCUGAGGCCGAAGCAGAGCCCUCUUACGGCUCCUCCAACUACUACCGCCCGCACCACUACAUUCCUUCCGUCCACCACCACCACAAGAGGUCUGCUGAGCCUGAGGCCGAAGCAGAGCCCUCUUACGGCUCCUCCAACUACUACCGCCCACACCACUACAUUCCCUCCGUCCACCACCACCACAAGAGGUCUGCUGAGCCUGAGGCCGAAGCAGAGCCCUCUUACGGCUCCUCCAACUACUACCGCCCACACCACUACAUUCCCUCCGUCCACCACCACUACAAGAGGUCUGCUGAGCCUGAGGCCGAAGCAGAGCCCUCUUACGGCUCCUCCAACUACUACCGCCCACACCACUACAUUCCCUCCGUCCACCACCACCACAAGAGGUCUGCUGAGCCUGAGGCCGAAGCAGAGCCCUCUUACGGCUCCUCCAACUACUACCGCCCACACCACUACAUUCCCUCCGUCCACCACCACCACAAGAGGUCUGCUGAGCCUGAGGCCGAAGCAGAGCCCUCUUACGGCUCCUCCAACUACUACCGCCCACACCACUACAUUCCCUCCGUCCACCACCACUACAAGAGGUCUGCUGAGCCUGAGGCCGAAGCAGAGCCCUCUUACGGCUCCUCCAACUACUACCGCCCACACCACUACAUUCCCUCCGUCCACCACCACUACAAGAGGUCUGCUGAGCCUGAGGCCGAAGCAGAGCCCUCUUACGGCUCCUCCAACUACUACCGCCCACACCACUACAUUCCCUCCGUCCACCACCACCACAAGAGGUCCGCUGAUCCCGAGCCAGAAGCUGAUCCUAGUUUUAUCCAUGGUCACCACCAGUCCGUGUACCGUCCCUCCCAUACCGGAGCUCACCAUGGUUACGGCUACCACCACUAG